GCCGGCCGCCUUCGCGCUGCCACCCGCGCUCCUGCCGCCCCGGCGUACGUCGGCGCGCGCCUGCGUCCGCAUCCGGCUCCGGACGCUUGCGAUGCUAGCGGGACCCCAGCUGGAGGCCUAUGGUGCAGGUGUCAAGAUUGCUUUUGUCCCCAGGGCUAAUUGCAGAACCUGCACAUGCUGGACUAUGGGAUUCCACAGAGAAUGAGCCUCCCAGCCUUCCAUCAGUGAGCCAUCCUUGCCAACUGCUCCCCAACAUCCACCGUCCUCAUGUCUACCAUACUCCUGAAUUUGGACUUUGGGAAACCUCAGAAAAAGGCAUCUGGAGGAAAUGCCAAGCACCAACGUUUUGUCAAGAAGCGGCGGUUCUUAGAACAGAGAGGAUUUCUGAAUAAAAAGAACCAACCCCCAAGCAAGGUGUCUAAGUUGCACUCGGAACCUCCAAAGAAAGGGCAAUCUUCUUCAAGAGUAGAUGGCAUUUUGAAGAUCCUUCCAUGCCCAAAGAAGAAGGAGGCAGCUGCCUCCAAGAGGGAGCCGGAGCAGUCCACAGACAAGAAAGCAUCAUUGUCUUGGCUGACCCCUGGUCCUUCAAAGAAGACUAAUUCUGUUGUGGCUAAAAUAGAUUUGCUAGGGGAGUUUCAGAGUGCACUUCCGAAGAUUAAUAGCCACCCAUCUCACACCCAGAAGGGCUCCAAGAAGAAACCCUUAAAGAAAAAUGCAGAGAACUCCACCCAAGCUCAUUUAGACAGUAAGGGCUCCAAGAAGUCCUCACACAAGAGUGCUACACAGAACUCCACCCAAGCUGGUUCAGAGGAAAAGUGCCUUAAAGUCUCCCAAAGCUUGCCAGGGAAGAUGGUGGCGGUCGACUGUGAGAUGGUGGGCACAGGACCCAAGGGCCGUGUGAGCUCCUUGGCUCGGUGCAGCAUCGUGAACUACAAUGGAGACGUGCUUUACGACGACUACGUCCUGCCCCCCUGCCACAUUGUGGACUACAGGACCAGAUGGAGUGGCAUCCGCAAGUGCCACAUGGCUAACGCUACACCCUUCAAGAUUGCUCGGAGUCAGAUCUUGAAGAUACUCAAAGGGAAGAUAGUGGUAGGACAUGCCAUCCACAAUGACUACAAAGCCCUACAGUACUUUCAUCCCAAGUCCCUCACUCGAGACACUUCCCAAAUACCACUCCUCAACCGGAAGGCUGACUGCCCAGAAAAUGUGACUUUGUCACUGAAGCAUCUCACCAAGAAGCUAUUGAAUCGGGACAUCCAGGCUGGAAAAUGUGAACAUUCCUCAGUGGAAGAUACCCAGGCCACCAUGGAACUGUACAAGUUGGUUGAAGUUGAAUGGGAACAGCACCUGGCCCAGAAUCUUCUAGAAAAUUAGCAAUCCUGGAGAGACACAUGCCAUGCAGCAGACCAUUCCACAAUUCUUCCAGCUUCACACCUGUAGAAGCUAGAAUUGUUGGGGAGAGGUCCUUGAUCAGAGAGUUAAUAAUCAUUGAAAUUUCAUCUCAGC